UUCUCUGGGAACUCAGUUUGCUUGUGACCGCGGAGGUAGAAGUCUGCACUCUUUAGCUGAUUUUGUCUGUUGCCGCCGCCCUAAACUCGAAAUUUUAAAAAGUUGCCGCAACUCAGAUAGCUGCCGCACGUGUUGCUUUCCUCCUCGAUUGCAUUCUCGCUGAACUCUGAAGUUUAAAGUUCUUAAAUAAAUAAAAAAAAUAAAAAAAAUGGGUUGCGCAACAGGCUCUAUAAAGUACUCGCUGUUCCUUUUCAAUGCCUUAUGGGCGAUAAUUGGCAUCCUCGUCCUUAUUCUUGGCGGCCUCGGCUGGGGAGCUAUUCCGGAGGCGUAUGCCAUAGGCACCCUGGUCUUGGGUGGAACUAUUCUGGUGACAUCCCUGUUCGGAUGCUGCGGAGCUGUUCGUGAAUCACCGAGGAUUCUGUGGACUUAUGUGUCACUCCUACUAGUUUUGCUACUGCUCAUCGUGGCUUAUAUCAUCCUGAAUCCUACAGGCGUGUUCAAGAACUAUGCUCUCCAACUGGUAGAGAAAAAUUGGGAGCUGGAGCAGACCCAGCCUGGCAGUAUGGAUUUAACUCAAAGCACCUACCACUGCUGUGGACGCGAGAGUGCCCAGGACUACUUAAACAUCAAGUACUGGAACAACACAGUGCCCAACAGCUGUUGCAAGGAAAACAGUUGCGUGAAUCCCCUGAAUCUCUACGUACAGGGCUGCCUUGCCAGAGUGGAGGAGUCCUUCUCGGAUGAGGAGACCACAUUGAGCUAUUUGAAGUGGAGUUUGUUUGGCUUCAAUGCUGCCAUUCUCUUGCUGGCCUUCCUCUUGGCCGUUCACUACACGAAUCGCCAAAGACGAUACAACUAUUAGUUAAAAAUUAAAUUAAUAAGAGAUAAGUCACCUCAGUUUCUCAUUUUUAUACGUCACCAAUGUACCUUUUCUUGGAUCCACUUAAUACAGCUUCACUUGCCAAGCAACCGAAGAUGCCUUAAAUAUACACGAAAAGUCGUACGUGUUCUAAUUUAAUUUUACUUAAUCCGUGUAUUUUUGAAAUAUUAUAUAUGUAUGUAGUUGUGAAAGAAAUGAAAGCCAAAUAUAAGCAAAAUGUAACUAAAAA